AUGGCCACAUCAUCGAUGGACUCAAAGCAAGACUUGGUACUGUCGGCGGCGACGACGACGACCACCACCACCGGUGAGACGGCCGACAUAAAGCCAGUAGCGGCCAAACUUCGCCGACCCGAUGCCGACCAACGCAUUCUCGACCAGUUCUGGCUAAUUGCCGACCCAAACGAAGACAAACGAAACAAGAGUCUGAAGACUAUUGUCGAUAUUCUCACCAAACAAUGGGACUCAAAAGGUAAUAAUGAUAUCAGAUAUUGUUUGGAUCGCGUCAUCCGUGGUCUGGCCUCUGCCCGACAGUUUGCAAGACACGGCUUUUGUGUGCUCCUAACACAAUUGUUGACAAUGUUCAAGAAAAAUGUUACCUUAAAGUUGGUCAUUGAUUUGGCCGAAAAACAUUUACAACCAAUUAAGUCAUCAUCAAAUCACGAUUCGGUGAUCGGCUGGUCACUGAUGUUGGCCUCACUAAUCAAAAGUGAACGUCUGUCCGAAGCCAACGACGACAUUCUCGGCAAAGUAUUUGAUAACUUAUAUACAUUGGGAACAACUAAAGCCUACGUCGAGCUAAUUGUCUGUCAAUUGAUUCAACAAUUUAUAGUCGACUUGAAUCCUAAAAAAUUAGAUGAAAUAGUUGUCGACAAACUACACGAAGAUAUCGAUAAUAAUAAUAAUAAUGAUAACAAAUUUAAACCGUUUUUCCUAUUUGUCUAUCUGUUUGUUUGCGACACUUUUCCCGAUCAUUGCGAUAGAGACCGACUAAACUAUAUAUUAAAAUCAGAUGAUUUGCAACGACUUUUGCAAUUAAUUAAAGAGUCGACACAAUAUCAACCAUUAGUUCAUCCGGUAAAUGAACAGAUUAUCAAACAUUUUGCUACUAAUGAUAGCAAACAUUUUGUUAAAUUUUGGAAACAAUGUGUCGAUGAAAAAGGAUUGCUAGGAUUUGAAUUGAUUAAACUGGCGCUACCAUUGAUUAAAUCUAAACAUAUAUCGACAGUAAUAUCCGCAUCAUUUUUGCGACUAUUCAUUCAAUCGUUGUCAUCGAAAUCCCAUACUCUACACAACGCAUCAUUAAAAAUGUGCGAUUUCUUUGUAAACUUUUCAAAAAGUUUGGAUAAUCAUGAAUUUCAAUUGGAGUUUAUUAAUAAUUUUACAAAAGAACCUGGAUCUCUACUCUUUGACACGAUAUCAAAGUCCAAGUUUUUUGAACAUCUCUGCAAAUCUAGUAAGCCUUUAGCUCCGGUCAGCGAUAAACUUCGCGAUGCUUUAAGACAUUGUUUCUAUAAUUUAUUCAAUCACAGCAUACACUUGGAUGUAAAGUCAGCCAAAGAGAGAUUGGUUUGGGAGUCRCAGACUGUGACCAAAAUGGUUAAGUUUAUCAACGAAUUGUUGACAUCAGAUGAAGAUAUGAGCAGCUGUUUGAUUGAUUCAAGAAUUGUGGAACUGUUUCAUAAUGUAUCGAAAAGAGUGUCCAAACUUAAUAGGAAACUCAAGACAACUGAAGACAAACGAAUUGAAAUUCAGAUUUUUAUUGUUUUGUAUUCAACGGUUGGCAUUCAGAUGUUUGAAGAGUUUGAAGAUGUGGACAAUAUUUUAGCGGAUUUGGAUGAAUGUCGAAAGCGUGCCAUCGAUGGCAAACUAGAAGAUAAUGACGACUCGUCUACGACACCGGUUUGGUCGGACGUAUUGAUGGACUUAAUAAUAUCGUUGUUAACCAAAAACUCGAAACUAAUUAAAGAAGCUCUUGUGUCGAGCUUUAGACAUAUUUGUAGUCAUAUAACCAGCUCUGGCAUACAGUAUCUAAUCGAUGCCAUUAAUCCAUCGAAUGAUAAUCAACUUUUCGGCAACAAUGAUGAAUCGGAUGAUGAUGACGACGAUGAUGAUGAUGGUGGUGGUGAUGAUAAAGUAGAGAAUGAAGAAGCCAAUGAUGAUGAUGAAAGUGAAUCGGACGAUGAAUCUGAAUCUGACGAUGAAAAAGAUGACACCAACGAUGAUGUCGACGAAAAGUUUCGCAACGAUGUACUGAACGCUUUGGGAGCGGCCGCUGAACACAAUGAUGACGAUCAGGAUUCAGUUUAUUUAAGCGAUUCAGAAAUGUUUCAAAUUGACGACUCGUUGGCUGCAGUUUUCAAAACUAAAUUUAAUCUUAAAAAACAAUCGAUUGAACGCCAGAGCUCUGUCGUUAUGUUUAGAAAUAGAUGUCUUGAACUAUUGCACAUCUAUUUGAAUACAAAAGACAUUGUUAUGGAUCAAGUAAUACAAUUAGUUCCGCCGAUUGUAUUGUUAGCCAAAACAUCUUAUCAACCGUCCAAACAAAAUCAAUUAUCGCAAAAAGCUCUUAAAUUGAUUACUGAAAUCACACAAAUCAAAUGCAAAACUGAUGACAACAGUCUAGAAGCUAAUGAUUUGAUAAAAUUGUUUGAAUUUUUGACACCAAUACUAUCGAAAACAACACAUUUAGAGCUACAAAAACCAUUUAGCUCUCUAUGGAUUUGGAUUAUACAACUAUGCAAACGUCUAUUUCCCGCUGAUGAUAGUUGCAAUUGUCAAAUCAAUCCAAAUAUGUUUAAAAAUUUUGUUUCAAGAAAUCCCGAAAUUGCUGUCAAAUUUUAUGACACACUUCUAGAGUACGGUUUCAACAAUGAGAUUCCUUCGUAUAAAAAGGCGAUUUCAAUUGAUAUGUUGACACUAUUAUGUCAGACACAGACACACAAAGAGAAACCCAUUUCACUAACAGAUACUAAUCUGUCGGAUCUGAGAGAGCGGUGUAUUAAAGUGGUGACCAGCGAAUUGAGUACAGAAAAACUGCGGACACAAUACGUGAAAGUAUUGUUAACAUUAUAUGUAUUGUCUGACAAACUAUUGAAAGAUAGAGAUGUCAAACAAAUGGUAUUUAAUUUAAUAUUUUAA